GGCCGCUUUCGCUUCCUGAUGGGAACGGUUCGGGAUCCUCCUUCCCCCGGCGCCGCCGUUUGCGACUGACAAAGCCCGCAGGAGUCGUCGUGAGGACACAAAGAGCGGCUGUGGAGAGCAGGAAAUUGAACGUCUUACAAGACAGCGAUGGCUUUGUCUCUAGCGUUUGAAUAUGGAGGCCACAGGGACAGAUGAAGUAGAAAAGAUAAAAUCAAAGUUUAUGUCUGCAUGGCACAACAUGAAAUACAGUUGGGUGUUGAAAACAAAAACUUACUUCAGUAGAAACUCUCCAGUCUUUCUGCUGGGAAAAUGCUACCACUUCAAAACCGAUGAUUCUGGUGAACUCUCUACAGAUGGGUCCAAUUUUGAUAAAAUCAACACGGAGAUUUCAGGAAAUGUUGAGGAGUUUCGUAAGGAUUUCAUUUCUAGAAUCUGGCUGACUUACAGAGAGGAGUUCCCUCAGAUAAAGGGGUCUGCGUUGACAACAGACUGUGGUUGGGGUUGCACACUGAGAACUGGCCAAAUGCUGCUGGCUCAAGGUCUUAUGCUUCAUUUUCUUGGUCGAGCUUGGGUCUGGCCAGAUGCGUUGGACAUUGACAAUUCAGAUUCUGAAUCGUGGACAGCCCACACAGUGAAGAAGCUGACAGCAUCAUUUGAAGCAUCGCUUACAGCAGAAAGAGAACCCAAGAUCCUGUCAAAUCAUCAUCGGGGAACAUUAAAGACAAACUGUGAUGACAGUGACAGGAGAAAUGAAGUUUAUCAUAGAAAGAUCAUUUCUUGGUUUGGCGACUAUCCGCUAGCAGCUUUUGGCUUACAUCAGCUAAUAGAAUAUGGAAAGAAGUCUGGGAAAAUCGCUGGAGAUUGGUAUGGGCCUGCAGUUGUUGCACACAUUUUAAGAGAUGAGUUAAAUAGCUUUGUGUUUGUACUUAGAAAAGCUGUUGAAGAAGCAAGAGACCCUGAGCUACAAGGAGUAACAGUCUAUGUUGCUCAGGAUUGUACAGUCUACAGUUCAGAUGUUAUUGACAGACAGUGUUCUCUUAUGGACUCUGGAAAAGCAGACACAAAAGCUGUAAUUAUAUUAGUUCCUGUGAGGCUUGGUGGAGAGAGAACAAACCUGGACUACUUAGAGUUUGUAAAGGGAAUUUUAAGCCUGGAGUACUGUGUUGGUAUUAUUGGUGGCAAACCCAAGCAGUCAUAUUACUUUGCUGGAUUUCAAGAUGACAGUUUGAUUUACAUGGAUCCUCAUUACUGCCAAUCUUUUGUGGAUGUCAGCAUAAAGGAUUUCCCUCUUGAGUCAUUCCACUGUCCUUCUCCCAAAAAGAUGUCGUUCAAAAAGAUGGAUCCAAGCUGCACGAUAGGAUUUUACUGUAGAACUGUGCAGGACUUUGAGAAGGCUUCUGAAGAGAUAACGAAGAUGCUGAAAUCUUCGUCUAAGGAGAAAUAUCCCUUGUUUACUUUUGUAAAGGGUCAUUCGAAAGACUAUGACUUUGUUUCCAGUCCACUCCAUGAAGAAAAACACCUUUUCCCUGAGGAUGAAAAGAAAAGAUUAAAAAGAUUCAGCACGGAGGAGUUUGUCUUGCUUUAAGGACGUUUUACACAAGAUUAUUGGCAGCUGUCCUGGAGAACACUUGCUUUUUAGGAAACCCCAAAUGUUUUUGUCCUCCUCCCCCAGAAAGGCAAGCGUGUGCUGAAAUGGGUCUAUUUUCAUAGAGAUGAGAAUGUUUUAUAUGUUAAUAGUCUUUAAAAUGCCAUUUAUAAAUGCACUUACUAAUUAUUUUUGUUCACUACUAGUUGGAUGAGUUUAAUGUUACGUUGUGCUAGUGAAAGAUAGAGGCCAGAGCGUGCUGAAAGGUGCCCACAGACAGCCUGGUCUUGCCCCUCUUAAAAAGCUUGGCCAGUCCCCACAGCCCAGCUUGUGACCCUGAUGUCGUGUCAGCCCGACAGAGGCUGCUAGAUUCAUGGGGGUUUUAUGUCAUGGAUGUGUAUGCAUAGGUUUUGAGACCACAUCAUUUCUGUUUGUAAGGGAAGUUUGAGCUCUGUAUCCAUGUGGGAAGGGGAAAACUCUAAUCUGUCUUGCUAAGCCCAAAUAAUAGUUAAUGCUUUAAUCGUGAUGCACAUCCCGAGCAGCACAGUGGGAGAGGUAAGUUUGAUCUAUCAGUAGUAAUUGUCAGUUGCAAUCCUGAUAUAAUUAUAUAGGCUGAAUUGUGAGUUAAGAUACUAUUUAGCAGUAUGAUUUUAUAAUGGUUUCUCAUUAAGCUUGCUUUGGAGCCUUAAUAUGAGGAGUGAAGAUAAAGUAUUACCUUUCCCCACUAUUUUUAAAGGUUAUACUAUUAAUAUUAACUGCAACCAAUCAAAGCAGCUAAAGACAAUUAUUAGAAGAGUAUUUGUUUCUUGUUUCAACGACUGUAACGUCCAGGUUUCUCUCCUGUUCAUGCAGCUUUUAAAUCCAGGCAAAUGAGGGAGUGAGGGAGUGGAUGUUAGAAUUCUGGGAUGUGAUUCUUGUUUUUCUUUCUUUUGGCUCUGUGUUAAUUGCUGUACAAAUGAUUCCUUGAUGUUGUGUGUUCUCCCAUUGCAACCCAAUGUACCUGCAUAGUUUCAUGUUUUAACAAAGUAAAUGCAAUAUUUAAAAUACCUAUUAACACUGCUUGGAAAAAUAAAGAAGGUGUGAAAACAUGAAA